AGGGAUUUCCUAAAACUUCAUGAUUCGUUUGAUCGCACUCUGAUAAUUCAAGAUGACAGAAAGAUAUGUGCCAUGAUGUGUUAUAGCAGUUUACCAACAGAUCUCGUGCUAAAGUCAAGACAAAUCCACAUAUUGACACCUGGAGCUGGAUAUAUACUACCAGAGUAUCAAAGAAGAGGAAUUCUUCAUAAAUUUUUCUUUUACAUGACCCUCAGAGAAAAGCUUCUUCUGCAUCCACUCACAGCAUUAUACAUGACAGGGAACUUCCAAACAUACAAGAUAUACCCAGCUUUUCUUCGUUUUUCAGAGCAUGCAUAUCCAUGCUAUGACAGGCCAACCCCUGACAUGGAGAAAAGAAUCAUGGAGUACUAUGCUCUGCAUUAUCUUAAAUGUAGUGAUACUUAUGAUCCUGAAAGAGGUGUAGUUCAAUUACCACAGACUGUUAAGAAAGAGGUUGGAGCCAUUGAUGAAAAACAUUUAAAAAAUCCACAUGUCAAGUAUUAUGCUGAGAGGACUAACUGGGAAAAGGGUGAAGCACUGCUUGGGGUUGCUAAUGUUUCAUGGAAGGUUAUAGCUUCAAUAUACAAUAACUGGAAAUGAUAAUGACUUUUAA